AUGCUCAACAUCACCAACAAAACUGCAGAUGCAGUCCGUGCCCUGCGGCAUGUAGCCAAGGGCAUGGCCACAGCAGCCCCUCGCAUCGGCGACACCAAAGUCGCCAUGUCUCUCCUCGAAAAGAACGCCUUCAUCAACUACCAGCGCAUUGAGGAUAACCUCGUCAUUGUUCGGGAAAGACUCAAUCGCCCUCUCACCCUUUCCGAGAAGAUUCUCUAUGGUCAUCUUGACGACGCUGCAAACCAGGAUAUCGUCCGUGGUACCAGCUACCUCAAGCUUCGUCCUGACCGAGUUGCCUGCCAGGAUGCAACAGCUCAGAUGGCUCUGCUCCAAUUCAUGUCCGCUGGAAUGGACACCGCUGCCGUGCCCACCACCGUUCACUGCGACCACUUGAUUGAGGCCCAAGUCGGCGGCGUCAAGGAUCUCGCUCGUGCUAUCUCUAUCAACAAGGAGGUCUACGACUUUUUGGCCACCGCCACCGCCAAGUAUGGCCUUGGCUUCUGGAAGCCCGGCUCUGGUAUCAUUCACCAGAUUAUCCUCGAGAACUAUGCCUUCCCCGGUGGACUUAUGAUUGGGACGGACUCUCACACCCCCAACGCUGGAGGUCUCGGUAUGAUUGCUUGCGGUGUCGGAGGUGCCGAUGCCGUUGACGUCAUGGCUGGCAUUCCCUGGGAGCUCAAGUGCCCCAAGGUCAUCGGUGUUAAUCUUACUGGCAAAAUCGGCGGAUGGACUACUCCCAAGGACGUUAUUCUCAAGGUUGCUGGCAUUCUUACCGUCAAGGGUGGAACUGGCGCUAUCGUCGAGUACACUGGUUCUGGUGUCGAGUCUCUCAGCUGCACGGGUAUGGCUACUAUCUGCAACAUGGGUGCUGAAAUCGGCGCGACGACUUCCCUCUUCCCCUUCAACGAACGCAUGGCUGAAUACCUCAAGGCUACCAAGCGCCCUGAGAUUGCCGCCUACGCUCAACAGUUCGCUCACAACUUGAAGGCUGACAAGGGCGCGGAAUACGACCAGGUCAUCGAAAUCAACCUUUCGGAACUCGAGCCCCACAUCAACGGACCUUUCACCCCUGAUCUCGCUACCCCCAUCUCCAAGCUCGCUGCUGAGGCCAAGAAGAACAACUGGCCCGAUGAGAUCAAGGUCGGCCUCAUUGGUUCCUGCACCAACUCUUCCUACGAGGACAUGUCGCGCUCUGCUGCUCUCUUCAAGGAGGCUAAGGAUGCUGGUCUCGAGCUCAAGUCCAAGUUCACCGUUACCCCCGGAUCAGAGCAAGUUCGUGCUACCAUCGCCCGUGACGGACAGAUUGAGGCUUUCGAGAACGCCGGAGGAGUUGUCCUUGCCAACGCUUGCGGACCUUGCAUCGGACAAUGGGACAGACAGGACGUUAAGAAGGGCGAAGCCAACACUAUCGUCACCUCUUACAACCGCAACUUCACUGGACGUAACGACGCUAACCCCGCCACCCACGCCUUUGUCGCUUCCCCCGAUAUUGUGACCGCCCUUGCCUUUGCUGGAUCCCUCUCCUUCAACCCCCUCACUGAUACUCUCCCCACUCCUUCCGGCAAGCCUUUCAAGUUCUCGCCUCCUUCUGGAUUCGCUCUCCCUCCCUCCGGCUACGACCCUGGUGAGGAUACCUUCCAGGCCCCUCCUCAGGACCGCGCUUCCGUCCAAGUCAAGGUUGACCCCAAGAGCGACCGUCUCCAACUCUUGAAGCCUUUCGCUCCAUGGGAUGGCAAGGACCCCAAGGAUCUCCCUGUUUUGAUCAAGGUCGCUGGCAAGUGCACUACUGACCACAUCUCCGCUGGUGGACCCUGGUUGAAGUACCGUGGACACCUCGAGAACAUCUCUCAGAACUGCCUCAUUGGUGCUAUCAACUCCGAGAACGGUGAAGCCAACAAGGUUCAGAACCAGCUUGACGGAACCUGGGGCGGUGUCCCACAAGUCGCUGCUGCCUACCGCGCUGCUGGCAUCAAGUGGGUCGUCAUCGGUGACCACAACUAUGGUGAAGGUUCUUCCCGUGAGCAUGCCGCCCUCGAGCCCCGUUUCCUCGGUGGUGCUGCUAUCAUCGUCCGCUCUUUCGCCCGUAUCCACGAGACCAACUUGAAGAAGCAAGGCAUGCUCGCUUUGACCUUUGCCAACCCUGAGGACUAUGACAAGCUUAAGGGCACCGACAAGGUUGACAUCAUUGGCGUUGAGACCUUUGCUCCUGGCAAGAACUUGACCCUUGUCGCCAAGCACGCUGACGGCUCCGUCGACGAGAUCCCUCUUGCUCACUCUUUCAACGAGGGUCAAAUUGAGUGGUUCAAGGCUGGCUCUGCCCUCAACUUGAUGGCUGCCAAGGCCAAGGCCGCUGGCUCUGCUUAA